AGUAUAUUUAUUUAGAAAUAGAAGAAAAAAUUUUAGAGUACAGGUAUUUUAUUUAGACUGCGCGGUCGCAGAACAGAAUGUAGUAUAGAGUUUGAUUCUCUACUCUUCGGUUUAUAAUAUAUACACGGAUAUUUAUGUAUGUGUAAAAGAUAGAUAUACGUAAUGUCUAAAUAGUUUGAGAAAGAUGACAAUAAUGAAAAGAGCAAGCAUGUAUAGAAGGAAAAACUGAAUGACAGAGAAAGAGAACAAGUCAGUACAGUAAAGGGAGAGAUCAAAGCACCCACACUUUUAAGACUGAAAAAUAGUAGAGGGUCGGCAAUGCAGUGGUACGUGGUUUUUUCGUGAGCAAACAUACUCCAAAUUUUACCAUAUAAAUUUAUUCUUCUUUGCUACGAAUAUAUGUUACUUAAAUACAUAUAUACACAUUUAUUUAACUCACUGCAGAGAGCGCAUUGUCAAUAACGCUUAGUAGUUGUUAAAAAUCUGCUUUUAAAUAUAUAAUAAUAAAUGAUAACUAUUAAACCACUAAAAAAAUGAGUGAUUAGUGAUCUGUGACCAGUUGUAACAAGUCAAUUAAAGCAAGUAGAGGGUAAAAAAUAAAAAAUAAUCUCAAUGUCAUCUAAUAAAUCAGUUUAUACUGGACAUUGGUCCAGCAUUUAUCGAAAGUUCAUAUGUCAAUUUAAAAAUAUUUGUGAAAUAAAAAAUCCUAAAAAUAAAUAUAUCAAGUUAUAAAUAAAAUAUAUAAAUUUAAAAUUAUAAAUGACCAUUUUUUUUGUUGGAGCUAAAAAAUAAUGUAGUGAAAAAAGAAUUAAUAAGACAAUGGCGUGUACGUCAUCAGAAUAUCGAUUGACAAAAUAAUAAUAGUUAUAAUAAUAACACUAAUAGUUGUUUUAAUAAUAAUCAUAUACUUAUUCAUAGAAUAUUUAUAAUUAUAAUAUUAAAUAAACAAAAGAAAAAGAAAAAUUUAGUUUGGAAAAUCAUGAGCCAAUUGCCCUGGUGACGACAAAGAACGAAGAGGAUCCGGGUCACAGGAACGACAUGCGUUCGAUCGCAAACGUCGUCGACGGAGUUGCUUUAGCUGUUACUAGUUUGUCUGUAACGAACGCGUUAGUAACACGAUUGUUGUCGUGAGAUUCGUGUCUCAAUGUUAUUAUUGUAUUUAUUAAUAACACUUUAAUAGCAACGAAAUUUUGAUAAUUAAAGUAAUGCAAAAAUAAAUAAAUUGAUGAAUUAUAAAAAUUUAAAAAUAAUUUGAAUUAACAUAUACAUGUAUGUCAUUCAUUUUUUAAGAAGAUGUCUGUUGCUUUUUGAUAAAUUAAUUUUUAACUGAGUGAUUUCAAUUAAAAAGAUAAGUAGUGGAAGAUAAUUAAAUCAAAAAAAUGUAUACAUGUGCAUGUGUAAUGAGAAGAAAAUCUUUGUAUAAUUAUGGAUGAUUGUCAGCUGACUGCAGGCGUCAUAUUUACUGGCAAAGAUUACCAUUGUAUAAAAAUAUCACAAUUAUUUAUCUCUACUCUUGGCUAUUCCUCAUUGAAAAUAUCACUGAGAAAUCAGUUUGAAUAGCCUUGAAAAAAAAAUAUUAAAUUAUUCAAUACUAUUUUUUUAUUUAGAUAAUUGUAAAUUACGAAAUUUUUUUUUCUUUCAAACAUUGAGUUUAUUUAUAAAAUAAUUUUUUAUUGUUUUACAAUGAUCAAGUAGCAUUUAAUUGUGGAAUGUGAUACGUGGGUAAGGUGGUAAAGAUAACAAAAGAAAAAAAGAUGAACUAGACUAUGCCACCUUGAUAAUGUGGAUUAUUUAUUUUAAAAAUAAAAAAAUAAAUGAAGAGAAGUAGAAUAAAAUAAAAUAUAAAUAAGGGGGUUGUGACCACGGUGUCAUGCCCCCAGGGGCAAAAGGUGGGGCAGAGGGCCUAGAUCCCUCUUGUUCUGAGCUCCAUGAUAGUGAAGAAAUAACACCUGAAACAAUAGCACCGUCUUUGAGUCUAUUUCAAAAAUGUUACAGGCAUUUAAAGAGUUCAGGUGUAGGAGAGGCGAGUGUCUAUCAUGCACUGGUAGUAAUAUUUUUGGAAUUCUUCGCUUGGGGGUUAUUGACGAUGCCAAUAAUAUCUGUGUUAAAUGAAACUUUUCCUGAUCACACAUUUUUAAUGAAUGGCUUGAUAAUGGGUAUCAAAGGAUUAUUGUCAUUUUUAUCAGCGCCGUUAAUUGGUGCACUGUCUGACGUAUGGGGAAGAAAAUUUUUUCUUCUUAUAACAGUGGCUUUUACGUGUGCACCAAUACCACUUAUGAGUAUAAAUACUUGGUGGUUUUUUGCUAUGAUAUCUAUUAGCGGUGUUUUUGCCUGUACGUUUUCCGUUGUAUUUGCUUACGUAGCAGAUGUCACUGAAGAAAGUCAACGAUCUUUAGCAUAUGGAUUGGUAUCUGCUACAUUUGCAGCUAGCAUGGUAAUAAGUCCUGCUUUAGGGGCAUGGACAAUGACCGUUUAUGGAGAAAAUUUAGCUGUAGCGUUAGCAACAGCAAUAGCUGUUCUCGAUGUAUUCUUUAUACUUGUCGCAGUACCGGAGAGUUUACCAGAAAAAGCUCGUCCACCUGUUCCCAUAUCUUGGGAACAAGCUGAUCCAUUUGCUGCUUUAGGAAAAGUGGGCAAAGAUCAUACCAUAUUGAUGCUGUGUGUCACAGUAUUCUUAAGUUAUUUACCAGAAGCAGGCCAAUAUAGUUGUAUAUUUGUUUAUCUUAAGCUCGCAAUGGGUUUUUCAGCCGUAAUGGUUGCGGUAUUUAUUGCCAUAGUUGGUAUUUUAAGUGUUGGAGCACAAAUAUUGCUUGGUCCAUUAAUGAAAACACUUGGUAGUAAACAUACUAUCAUGCUUGGUUUACUAUUUGAAAUGCUUCAACUCAUGUGGUAUGGAUUUGGAUCACAGACUUGGAUGAUGUGGGCAGCUGGAAUACUUGCUUCAGUCUCAAGUAUCACUUAUCCAGCGAUUUCUGCAUUCGUGUCAAUGCAUUCAGAUGCUGAUAAACAGGGACUUGUUCAGGGAAUGGUUACAGGAAUGCGAGGACUCUGUAAUGGUCUUGGGCCAGCUAUGUUUGGUGUUAUAUUCUAUUUAUUUCACGUCGAUCUCAACGACGAAACGCCGUCACUACCUCUAAAACCUUCUCUUUUGGAAGAUAGUAAUCAAACAGGAACUGCUAUACAUAUAGACAUGGUUCCACAGAAUGGAUUUCAGUUGGUGCCAGGACCUCCCUUCGUAUUUGGUGCAUUACUUGUAAUAUGCGCACUACUAGUAGCUGCGUUUAUUCCUGAUGAGUCAAAUCCAAUGGCAACAGGUCCGUUGCAUCAUCACUCUUCCACAUCACGCAGGCCAUCUGGUAAAUACGCAUACCAAAAAUGUUUGUCAUUGGACGUUCAUUUUGAACCGGAAAGAAUUGUCAGUGGUCGUAGUAAAGUAGGACCACUGUCUCCUCUAGUCGACAACUGCAAUUCAGCAGCUCUCUAGCCAUUCUUUCCGGUACUCCGGCAAGCUGUCAAUAAUAAACAUAGAGAGGAGGCCUAUCCUGCCAAUUAAUCGAAGGUCGUAGACACCUUCAGGCUUAUUUAAGUCCACCUCUGUGUUUGAUCUAGAAAAAUAAAGCAACAUCAACAACACAAUAAUAAGCAAACAAAAGUUACAAGGAUAUUUUGUUGUCAUUCGCGUAAAUCAAAAACAAAAAUAAUUGAAAUGUUAAAUGAAGAAAGGAGAAAAUAAAAUCGUAAUAUACAUGAGUAUGUCGUUUUUAACGCGAAGACAUGAUGCCGAGGAUUGACUUUAAAGUUCUCCGUUGACUGAAAAAUAUUGUAAAGAAAAAUUAUAAAUAUAAAUUAAUGAUAAUAAUUGUAAUAAUAAUAAAAAUAAUAAUAAUAAUAAUAAUAAUAAUAUAAUAUUAAAUUAA